GUAGAUGAACAGGUGAGCUCAGAGCGGACGCAGCUUAUUACUGUUAGAGCGGUAUUCAUCUCAACUGUCAGAAUUUACUGAUUUGAAUUUGACCAGCUGCGUUGUUACACCGAAGAAGGCUUGACAAGAGAAUGGCCAACUUCAAGGGACAUGCCCUUCCUGGCAGCUGCUUUCUGUUGUUAGGGCUGUGCUGGUCAUUGAAGUACCCUCUCCGACACUGCUGGAGGAAGCGUCAGCCCAAAGGAAGGCCAAAGCUUCCUCUGUUCUACAACAAAAUAGACUUAAUCGAAGGGUCCCUAAUGCUUUUCUUAACCUUUGUGGGCAUCAUGGCCGAGCAGUUUGUCCCUGAUGGCCCCCAUGCUCAUCUGUACAACAGAGAAACCAAGUCCUGGGUGAAGCUGAUGAACUGGCAGCACAGCACCAUGUACCUCUUCUUUGGCAUCGCCGGAGUGGCCAAAGUCCUCACUAUGUCAUCGCUCCCAGUUCCACUUGGCCUGGACCGCCUGUCUCUCUCCCUGGCCUUUUUCAUAGAAGGGUUCUUGUUUUACUUCCAUGUGCACAUGCGCCCCCCUCUGGACACCCACAUCCACUCUCUGCUGCUGGUGGCGGUGUUUGGUAGCGCAGCAAGUACCCUGUUGGAGGUGUUUAUGCGAAAUAACAUCAUACUGGAGCUGCUCAGAACCAGCCUGACCAUCCUGCAGGGCACCUGGUUCUUCCAGAUUGGAUUCGUUCUGUUCCCAUUGAACGGAGUAGAGUGGGAUCUGGACGCGCACGAUAACAUCAUGUUCAUAACCAUGUGCUACUGCUGGCACUGGGCCAUAGCCAUGCUGAUCGUCGGCAUCAACUACUGCAUGGCCUGGUGCUGUGUCAAAAGAUGUACAGCGAGGGGAGGUGAAAUUGAGAUCGGUAUGAGAAACACAUCAAGCUCCCAAAAGGCUUUGCUGGAGGAGUCAGAAGACGAACCAUGAACAUUGUGUAAAGUACCAUGGUGAAUUCCCCAUGAGUUAGAUCAGCUGGUUUGUCCUGUUUGUAUCUGUGCUGGAGUGUGUUUGUAUUUUGAUCUUAUCAGGAAUGAAAUGCACUGCAUGCAGAUUAAAGUCACAUUAAUUGUACAUAAUUUGCUUUAGUGAGCAAUUUAAUGAGGAACAAAAAAUAUCAUUAUAUGAAUGUUAAUAUCUUGUUUUCAAGACUGGGUGUUAUCUCUGAGACCAUGUGAAAUAGUUGAAAUGUACUAGAAUUAUUUUUGAGGUAAGAGUAUAUCAAAUAAUUGAAUGUUACCGAACUGGGUUUCUAAUGAAGACUUUAAAUGUUUGCAUAUAUGUCCGGCCUGAGGAUCUAGAGCAACAUGGAAAACCAAAUGUCUAAUGAGAUAUAUACAUACUGUAUUUUCAAUAAAUUUUCAAGAACUUUU